AUGUCGUCCAAUCUCAACUACACGAUAGAAUCGCAAGAUCUCGUCUGGAACACCACAGACGCAGAUGGAGCCAGCACGUCUGUCAUCUACAACCUGGGUGAUAUGGCAUGGGUCAUCACCGCCAUGGCACUCGUGUGGAUCAUGAUUCCCGGUCUGGGUCUCUUCUACUCGGGUCUCCUUCGCCGCAAGAAUGCCCUCUCCAUGCUCUUCUUGUCAAUGGCCGGUAUCGCCGUCGGAUCGUUCCAGUGGUUCUUCUGGGGUUACUCCCUGGCCUUCUCAGAUGGUGCCAGCCCAUUCAUCGGUAACCUUUGGUACUUCUGCCUGAAGGGUGUCUACGCGGACCCCUCCAUCGGUUCCACCCGUAUCCCCGCUCUCCUCUACUCCAUCUACCAGUGCAUGUUUGCUAUCAUCACCGGUGUCAUUGCCGUUGGUGGCUUCGCCGAGCGCGCCAAGAUCGGUCCCAUCAUGGUCUUCCUCUUUGUCUGGCUCACCAUCGUCUACUGCCCCAUCGCAUGCUGGACCUGGAACCCGCAAGGAUGGGCGUUCAAGCUCGGUGUCCUCGACUUUGCCGGUGGAACCCCCGUCCACAUCAACUCGGGUACCGCCGCCCUCGCCAUCGCCAUCUACCUCGGCAAGCGCAGGGGGUACGGAACCGAGCGUCUCGCCUACAAGCCCCACAACACCGCCUUCUGCGUCAUCGGUACCGCCCUCCUCUGGUUCGGCUGGUUCGGCUUCAACGGCGGAUCCGCGCUUUCCGCCAACCUCCGCGCCGUCCAGGCCCUCAUCGUCACCAACCUCUCGGCCUCGGUAGGCGGUAUCACCUGGAUGCUGCUCGACUGGCGUCUUGAGCGCAAGUUCUCCGCCAUCGGCUUCUGCUCCGGCGCCAUUGCCGGUCUCGUGGCCAUCACACCUGCCUCGGGGUACGUCGGGGCCUACUCGGCGGUCGCUAUCGGCUUUGUGGGCGGCGUGGGCUGCAACUUCGCGACCCGGCUAAAGUACUUGAUCAACGCCGAUGAGUCCCUGGACGUCUUUGCCAGUCACGCGGUCGGUGGUAUCAUCGGCGGCAUCAUGACGGGUCUUUUCGCCGAGUCGGGUAUCGCCGCGUACGAUGGGACUACCGUCAUUGCGGGCGGCUGGUUUGACCGGAACUUCAUCCAGCUUGGCUACCAGCUCGCUGAUAUCGUCGCUGGCUUUGCAUACUCUUUCGUCAUGACCACCGCCAUCUGCUGGAUCAUGCACUUCAUUCCCGGACUCCGUCUGCGCGCAUCUGAGGAGGCAGAGAUCGUCGGUAUUGACGAUGCCUACAUCGGAGAGUUUGCCAUGGACUUCAUCGCUGCCGACCCCGAGAUGCGUCUCCACCGUUACGACUCCAAGCCUGCCCUCAACACCGCCAACGUCGUCGAGGAGGCACCAUCAACACCCUCAGACACAGAGCACCACCACCACCACCAUGGCGAGAAGUCAUAUCAGCCUGGCGGAGGACGGGUCGACCAGUAG